CGUCAGCAGCCGGCCGGGACACAGCGGGAGGGCAGGUGCGGCCGCGGGGCCUGCCGACUUCACGCAGGGUCCGUGUGGUCCCCGAGGCGCGCAGCGGCUGAAGGAGGCCCCAGUGCCUUGGCGACCGCGGCGGCGGCUUUAGCGUCCGUGACUAGGCAGCAGGGGGUCAGGAUGCGGCGAAGCUCCCGCCCGGGCUCGGCCUCGUCCUCGCGCAAGCACACGCCCAACUUUUUCAGCGAGAACAGCUCAGUGAGCAUCACCUCGGAGGACAGCAACGGGCUCCGGUCAGCGGGUCCGGGGCCUGGGGACCCCGAGGGCAGAGGAACCCGGGGCCCGACCUGCGGUGAGCCCGCCUUGAGCGCGGGAGUGCCCGGAGGAACCACAUGGGCUGGAAGCUCUCGGCAGAAGCCGGCGCCUCGGAGCCACAACUGGCAGACAGACUGUGGCGCGGCAACCGUGAGGGGCGGGGCCUCGGAACCGACUGGGUCUCCGGUAGUCUCUGAGGAGCCGCUCGACCUUCUGCCGACCCUGGAUCUGAGGCCGGAGAUGCCUCCCUCGCGCGUGUUCAAGAGCUUUCUGAGCCUGCUCUUCCAGGUGCUGAGCGUGUUGUUAUCCCUGGCAGGAGACGUGCUGGUCAGCAUGUACAGGGAGGUCUGUUCCAUCCGCUUCCUGUUCACGGCUGUGUCGCUGCUGAGCCUCUUUCUGGCAGCAAUCUGGCUGGGGCUUCUGUACCUGGUCUCUCCUUUGGAGAAUGAACCUAAGGAGAUGCUGACUCUAAGUGAGUACCACGAGCGCGUGCGCUCCCAGGGGCAGCAGCUGCAACAGCUCCAGGCCGAGCUGGAUAAACUCCACAAGGAGGUGUCCACUGUUCGGGCAGCCAACAGUGAGAGAGUGGCCAAGCUCGUGUUCCAGAGGCUGAAUGAGGACUUUGUGCGGAAGCCCGACUAUGCGCUGAGCUCUGUGGGAGCCUCCAUCGACCUGCAGAAGACAUCCCACGACUACGCAGACAGGAACAUUGCCUACUUCUGGAAUCGCUUCAGCUUCUGGAACUACGCACGGCCGCCCACGGUUAUCCUGGAGCCUCACGUGUUCCCCGGGAAUUGCUGGGCUUUUGAAGGCGACCAAGGCCAGGUGGUGAUCCAACUGCCGGGCCGAGUGCAGCUGAGCGACAUCACUCUGCAGCAUCCACCGCCCAGCGUGGAGCACACCGGAGGAGCCAACAGCGCCCCCCGCGAUUUCGCGGUCUUUGUGAGUGCGGACGAGGUCAGGAGGGCCUCCAGGUUGAUGAUGAAACUGAAGUUUUCUUGGGGAAAUUCACCUUCGAUGUUGAGAAAUCGGAGAUUCAGACUUUCCACCUGCAGAAUGACCCCCCAGCUGCCUUUCCCAAGGUGAAGAUCCAGAUUCUAAGCAACUGGGGCCACCCCCGUUUCACAUGCUUGUAUCGAGUCCGUGCCCAUGGUGUGCGAACCUCAGAGGCGGCAGAGGGCAGUGCCACAGGGGGGCCCCAUUAAACAUGCUGAUUGUUGGAGUAGAAUUGAGUUCUGCUGAAGGAUGCUUUGGGGGGCUCUUGUUGGGAGAGCUCUGGCUGCUAUUGCAUCUAAGUAUGGUGGGGCUGACUUCCCAAUGCAUCCUCUUUUCUUUGAGAAGUCUAGACCAAGAUCGUAAUAGCAGCUUCCGUUUAUGGAGUGCCUACCACGUACAAGAAACAGUGCUGUGGACAUUACACACAUUACCUAACUUAAUUCUCACAACCAGAGAGGGAAGCUGCUCAGGUCAGGAAACUUGUUCAAUGUCACACGCUAGUGAAAGGCAGCGCCAGAGCAGUACCCAGGCCCACCUUCCUCCAGAGGCAUUCCUCCAGUGCCAGAGCAGUACCCAGGCCCACCUUCCUCUCUAACCACAGAACUGCAGGCAGCCCGAACCCACCUUUGUGCUCAAUCCUAGCCCCAGUGGUAAAGUCCCCAACUCCUGCUAGGUACAGGUGGAAGGGUAGCUACCCACUUUCUGCAGGCACACACUCAAAAGCUAAGGAGACUUGAGAAUCUCUAGGAAGCUUCUGAGUCACAGAGCUGAUGCAGGCCUGGUAGCCCCAACAUAGGUUGUCCUUACUGAGACCUGAGUUCCCAACACUGUGUGAGGCACAGGAUAGAUGAUUUAGUGUUCACCAGGCCCUGCCCUCAAGGAGCCUGACAGGGGAACGAAGAGGCUCCAGGAAACAGGACUAUGCAUUUACAGAUCCAAGAAUUCUUCACUCUAAGAGUCAAAAGUGGAAUUGCAGGGAAAAAAGACGAAGGAGAAGGCAACAAAGGAUUAAUGAGUUCUACCUAGGGGUAGGAAAGGAGGACCAGCAUGAGCAAAGAAACAUGCACCAUCUUGGAGGGCAAUUUGCAAUAUCUAUUAAAAUUUUAAAUAUACACUUUGAUCUAGCACUUCCACUUUUAGGAACAAAUUCUUCAGAAACAUUCCUGUUAAGUGCACAAAGAUACAUGUACAAAGAUGUUCAUUAUCGCAUUAUUUGAAAAACACUAGGAUUCAAAUCUCCAGGAAUAAGAGACUGGCACACUCCUACAAAAAAAUAAAGAUGUAGGCAUUAACACUUUCCCAGCUUUAGAAGAAUAUACAGACUAUUAAUAGUGUUUAUACCUUUAAGAGGUGAAAUUCAGCCUGGUGUGGUAUCUCAUGCCUGUAGUCCCAGCACUUUGGGAGGCUGAGGCAGGUAGAUCAUGAGGUCAGGAGAUCCAGACCAUCCUGGCCAACAUGGUGAAACCCCAUCUCUACUAA